UAACGAGCGAGCGGGCGCUCAGACGAACGGAACGCCAAAAACUGAAGAGCUGGAGCCCCCGAGUGCCGUCCGCUGUCGCUGGGUCGUUCGAUUAGCGACGUGGUGAAGUUAUGUACAUAUGUAAGCGUAUAUAUUCGGCCACAACAACAACGGAGGAGACAGAAAUUCGUGCAAAAUUCGUGAAAUCUGCUGAAAUGCCAGCCCCAGCAGCGUAAGACAAAGCCAUGGCUCAGCUCGAGAAUGUGGGUCAAGGUCGGCAUGCCGUUGUCGGCCCCAUGCUCGCCUCCGCCAUGCUGCUCGUGGGCCUUCUCUUUGCCCUGCUCGGCAUCAAAAUCUGGGGCUUCCGGCGUCGCCUGACCUUCGAUCGCAGCGGCGGCUCGUCCAGAUCAUCCCCGGCACAGGCCCAGCAGGCGCCGCCCCGCUAUGCAGCCCAGGAGUCACAGGUAAACGGCACAGACAAUGCAGUCCAUGGGGUGUUCCGGCAGCGCAAUCUCGAGGAAUUCGAAAGCUCGUGGCCUUCAUCGACUUCAACGGUCAACAGCUACUUGGCGGGAAGUGUGCCGAACCUUCGAAUGGGAGAGCCAGCCGAAGUCUUGUACCGGGCACCGCCCCAGACACAGCGUCGUCGCCGCAAGGAGGUGCUCAGCGCCCACUCUGACAGCUAUUCAGCGCCGCCCACCCGCAUGCCGCCCUCUCCGCCCACACGGGCGGUGCCACCAGCAGAUCUGGCAGUGGCCGUGGCGCCCGAGCCGCCCAGCGAGCUGGGAAUGCCCAACUUCGAUCACUUUGCGGAGAAGUACGCACUCAUUAGCGCAGCACAGCAGACAGAGGAGGCGGCCAGGUCGACGCAGCUGAGGAGCAAGGACAGCGGGCGCUACGUGAAGUUCGAUCCGGUCGAUGAUGUGCCCGAGCUUCUGACCCCCGACGACGACCAGGGCGGCACCUCAUCCCUCUCCGUGACUGCUGUGGUGCACCGCGGGGCCCCCUCCGCCGACGAGCACGAGUCGGAAAUGACGUCCAGCAGUCAGGAAGCCGGCGAUCAGUCCGCGGACUCGGCAUUCGUUGUGGCAGUGAUUGCGGGCAGUCCGGAGGCGACAACCCCACCGCAAGCGCCACUAGGACGUAGCCUCUUUGACGACCUGGAACUGCCAAGUGGCGAGCAGGACCCAGAGUUUGUGCGCAUCCGCUCCUCUUUUGUGAUGAACGAGGCGGACAUCUUGGACCAGCCUGCGGCGGGCAGCCCGCCUGGCUUCGGCAAGAGCAUCGAGGAGGACUGGGAGAACUGGGAGAACCUCGACGCAGUCGCAGAAGUGCCUGAGCCCAACUGGGCGCUGCACCCCGGCGCCCUGGAACAACUUCCCCCUGUGGAAACGACCCUCAGUGAAGCCACCCUGUCGCUGGACAACGUGGAGCAGUUGCCCCCCGUAGAGGGGCUGUUCCAUCAGCUGGAGCUUAUGGAGCCAGCUCCACGUGGGCAUCGGGAGUCUCCACCAGAUCUUCAGUCGGUCGAACCGCCGCCCUACGACCCCGGCCCGCCCUACCUGCCUGACUACGAGUCCCUGAUGCAGCUGGAGGACUCGCGGGCCAGCCACACCUUGCCCAAGUACACCGAGGCCGUGGGGGGCGAGCGAUUUGUGAGCAGCAUAGAGGAUCUGUAUGCCGAACUGGAAACGAACGGAAGCACAGGACCGAGCAGUUCUGAAGCGCCGACAAAUGGAAUUGACAAUUUCGAGGAGCUAUGCCAGGAAAUGGCCGUGGCCGUGACCGUGGCUGAGGCACCGCGACCAGCACCUCAGCCUGCUCCGCGCUCUACCAAGACCAGCACACUCAAUGUCCGUGGCGAUGCGGCUCCCCUGCCUUGCUACCAUCCCGAAGAGCUCCCCGGCUCCAGUUCCAGCGAGGACGAAGUGCCCUCGGCACCGAGGCCUGCCCAGCGAAACCCACGCACGCUCAAGGUGCGCUUCGACGUGGAGAACCUGCAGUACUACCAGUCCGCAGAGGUAGUCGCCUCGUCGAGUGGAGAGUCUGAGGAGGAUCGCCCUCCGCCGCGCCCCAUGAUGCGCUCGACCAUAUUCGAGCCGGAGCCGGAGCCGGGACCGGGGCACAACAGUGUGCCAAGCCUGUUCGGGGCACAGGUCUCGCAGGACGACAGCAGCGACGACGAGGCCUUCGGACGCGCCAUCAGCCAGCAUCGCACCAUGACAGCAGCACUGCGGACAAUGCAGAACGAUACGGAUGCCUAGGAACAAGACCUGCCCGUCCGUUUCCGUCGAUUUCCUUAGCAAAUACAGUAUUUUAUGUGUAAAUUUAAUGCCUGCUGGCUGGCCCCGGCCCUGGCCAUGGCCAAGACCCAAUAACGAGUAUGUACUAGCAUGUACGAUUAUAUGUGUACAUUUCAAAGAUAAGUUGCCAUACAAUGUUGACUAUAUUAUAAUAAUAAUAAACAAUAUAGCAGGAAGUAGCAUAGGAGCAUAG